AUUUAAUUUUAUCUCAAUACACAUUGGCUUCUAUAUAUAUCGAACACGUUAAACGUGUAUGUAUAUGCAUAUAGUUUUAUACUCUUCUAUAAAUAUAUGUGGCAGUAACGAAGGAGGAGACAUCAAUCACACAACAAAGCUUUGAGAGAAGGAAAAAAAAAGCGAUAAAAGCGAGAAGCCUAAAGAAACAUAUCAAAAGAGAAGAAAUACAAUUUUAUUUUCGUUUUAUCAAAAACAUCUUUGAAUUUUAUGGCAGCCCGUCUCCUCCGAACAAACUUUAUCCGUCGUCCUUACCGUUCCUCCGCUUUAAGCCCGGUGGGUCAGCCCACCGUGACCGCUUCAACCGCCGUCGUCCCUGAGAUACUCUCCUUCGGACAACAAGCGCCAGAGCCGCCUGUCCACCACCCAAAACCAAACGAAGCUCACCAUGACAUCGAUCUCUCCGACCAAGCCCGUCUCUUUGCCUCUGUCCCAACCUCUGACCUCCUCCGCUCCACCGCCGUGUUGCAUGCGGCGGCGAUAGGUCCUAUGGUGGAUCUUGGGUCGUGGGUCAUGAGCUCUAAACUCAUGGACAACGCGUUAACACGUGGUAUGGUCCUUGGACUUGUGAAAAGUACGUUUUAUGACCAUUUCUGCGCCGGUGAAGACGCUGACGCAGCCGCGAAACGCGUUAGUAGCGUUUACGAGGCGACGGGUCUUAAAGGUAUGCUUGUGUACGGCGUGGAACAUGCCGAUGAUGCUGCCUCUUGUAAUGAUAACAUGCAACAUUUCAUUCGGACCAUUGAAGCUGCCAAAUCCUUACCAACGUCCCACUUUAGCUCAGUGGUCGUGAAGAUAACCGCGAUUUGUCCCAUCAGUCUUCUAAAACGAGUGAGUGAUUUGCUUCGUUGGGAAUACAAGACUCAGAACUUCAAACUCUCAUGGAAGCUCAAGUCUUUUCCGGUUUUCUCCGAUUCAAGCCCUCUCUACCACACAAACUCUGAACCGCAACCCUUAACCGCCGAAGAAGAACGUGAACUUGAAGCAGCCCACGUAAGGAUCCAAGAGAUCUGUAGGAAAUGUCAAGAGUCCAAUGUACCUUUGUUGAUCGAUGCUGAAGACACAAUCCUCCAGCCUGCGAUCGACUACAUGGCUUACUCAUCAGCGAUCUUGUUCAAUGCGGACAAAGACAGACCGAUUGUUUACAACACGGUUCAGGCCUACUUGAGAGAUGCUGGUGAGAGGUUGCAUUUGGCUGUUCAAGAAGCUGAGAGAGAAAAUGUUCCUAUGGGGUUUAAGUUGGUGAGAGGUGCUUAUAUGUCUAGUGAAGCUAGGUUAGCAGAUUCCUUGGGGCACAAGUCACCAGUCCACGACACAAUUCAGAACACGCACGCUUGCUACAAUAACUGCAUGACUUUCCUAAUGGAGAAAGCCUCAAACGGCUCGGGCUUUGGUGUUGUUCUUGCAACACAUAACGCUGAUUCUGGGAGACUUGCAUCAAAGAAGGCGAGUGAGCUCAACAUCGAUAAACAGAACGGGAAGAUAGAGUUUGCGCAGCUAUAUGGUAUGUCAGAUGCAUUGUCAUUCGGUUUAAAGAGAGCCGGGUUCAAUGUUAGCAAGUACAUGCCAUUCGGACCGGUGGAAACCGCUAUACCGUAUCUUGUCCGACGUGCUUAUGAGAACCGGGGAAUGAUGGCCACUGGAGCCAUUGACCGUCAACUCAUGAGGAUGGAACUUAAGAGGAGAUUACUAGCUGGAACUGCGUGAAGAGAUGAGUUUAAUUUUCCUUAUGUAUGGAGCCAGUAAAUGGAACUGGGAAAUGUAGCUCAAAAGAUUCGUUCUAUGUAGAUUAUAAGAAAAAUAUAUAAUGUAAGAAAUUGAGUAGGUAAGAACAUUUCAUGUGAUUUUGUUGUAAGGGGGUUAAUAUUUAUUUAUAUCAUUCAUUAAUGUAUAUUCACCCUUUCUUAUCAAUAAUAAUGGAAUUACCUUUUUAUUUACUCUGCAUUCGGUCAUUUAACAUGUUUCACC